GAUUUGUCGCGUGCUCAGUUUCAAACACAGUUCCAAAGUAGAAUGAUGGAUUUUGAUUCAGUGCUUCCAGAAGUGGGUGGAUUUGGAUUAUACCAAAAACUUGUGAUAUGUGUUUUGCUUUUGCCAGCUGUAAUACCAUGCGCUUUCCAUGCGUACAGUCAAUUGUUCAUUGCAGCAAUUCCCAACCAUUGGUGCAGGAUACCAGAAUUAGAGAAAGUACAACCAUGGGCGUCGACUCUUGCAAAAGAGUUGAGCAUUCCUCUGGAAUAUAAAGAUGGACGAUCUAAACUUGCAAUGUGCAGCAUGUACUCUAGAAAUUAUUCGCAAAUAGCUAACGUGCUGAACGCGGAGAACAGCACAGCAGUGUUCAAGGAUCCCUUCGAUAACAUCACCAGUUGUGUAUAUGGGUGGAAAUACGAUACUUCGGUGUUUGAAUCUACUGUCGUGACGGAGUGGAAUCUGGUUUGUGAAAAGGAGUUUUAUCCCACGGCAGCGCUGAUAGUAUUUGGAAUCGGAGGACUCGUAGGGAAUCUUGUAUUUGGAUACAUGCAAGAUUACUGGGGACGCAAGAAUUCUUUUUUUGUAUACUUAUUUAUAGAAGUAGCUGCAUGUGCAUCGGGUGUAUUCACGUGGAACUUUGAACUUUGGUUGCUUACUCGUUUCAUAGUCGGUUUAACGGUACCUGCCAUUCUAUCCAGUCCUUACGUUUUAGCUAUCGAACUAGUAGAGCCAAGGAAACGGGAUUUCUGUACCAUAGUGUCCAAUAUAGCGUACUCGAUUGGCCUAAUAAUGCUUGCUGGCGUCGUAUAUCUGUUUAGAGAUUGGAGAUCACUGUCCUUAGCUGUAUCGCUUCCGUUGUUGCUAUUAUUUGCCUUCUAUUGCUUUAUUCCUGAAUCACCACGUUGGUUAGUAGCCAGAAACCGGUUUAAAGAUGCCGCACAAGUUAUGACGAUUAUGGCAAAAUUAAACAGGAAGUCUAUUCCCACAAACUAUGAACAUACUCUUAAAUGUAAACUCAGCGUACCUACAGAUGUGACUGACAAAGGGACAUAUAAGUAUGGUAUAAGAGAUCUAUUUGCUGGUCGUCAAAUGGCCCGGAAAACCACCAUCAUUACGUUUAUAUGGUUCACUAAUACAAGCGUCUAUGUAGGUCUAAGCUAUUAUGCACCAGCCCUCGGUGGCGACGAAAUUUUCAAUUUUUUUCUGGCUGGUUUAGUGGAGCUUCCUACUUACAUCGUUCUGUGGCCUAGUAUUCAUUAUUUCGGUAGAAGAUGGAUUUUGUGCAUUUCAAUGCUAGUGGGAGGCAUAGCUUGUCUUUUCACUUAUACUUCACAAACUGAUCGUACUACUACUCUCGCGCUAUAUUGUAUAGGAAAAAUGGGAAUAUCAUCUGCAUUUGUAAUUUUACCGCUUGCUGCCUCUGAGCUGUAUCCAACCGUUGUACGUGGAUUGGGAAUGAGCUUCAGUUCAGUGAUAGGAAUGAUUGGGCCAAUUGUUAUUCCUUUAAUCAACUAUACGGGUAGUGAGUUGACCGUUUUUCCUUUAAUCAUUAUGGGAAUAUUGCUUAUUAGUGGAGGAUGCGCAAGUCUUUUGUUGCCGGAGACAAAAGGAGUUAGCCUACCGCAAACUUUGGACGAUGGAGAACGCACCGUUUUGACAAAUCCUUUCAGAGAAGCUUUACGAAAAAAUAAAAAUUGAGGAGGUACCAGCUGCUUUGUUAAUAGUGUGCAUUUUUAUUUAUUUACCACAAAAAUACAUCGAGAACUCCAAUAGAUAAAUCAUAUAAGAAUAAUUUAAA